AUGGCAGCAACACAACCAAACAUUAUCUUUAUUAUGGCGGAUGAUCAUGCAGCAAAGGCUAUCAGCUGUUACGGCGCCGGAAUAAACGAAACCCCAAAUCUUGAUCGAAUCGCCAAUGAAGGCAUGAGGUUCAACCAUUGUUACGUUACGAAUUCCAUCUGUACACCAAGUCGGGCGGCCAUCAUCACCGGAACUCACAAUCAUGUCAAUGGGGUGUUAACCCUUAACUACAAGAUUAACAAUGUUCUUCCAAUGGUGCAAAAACAUCUGAAGCACGCUGGCUAUCAAACCGCAAUGAUUGGCAAAUGGCAUCUGGGACCUAAUGGCCGACACAUGGAGAGAGGAUAUGUCACCGAUAUCAUCACGGAUAAGACACUCGAUUUCAUUCGUAACCGAGAUACAACAAAGCCAUUCUUUCUCUACCAGGAGGACAUUAAGGUUCCAGAGAGUUUCAACGACGAGUAUAAGAAUCGAGCAAAAGCGGCAGCUGCGGCAAAGAUGCGGGUCACCGAAGAUUUAAGAUACAAUGACCUUGGACUUUGUCAACCCGAAGGCGGAUCAGAAGUUGGCGAGUUGGAUGAGCCAAACUUUCCGCAAAGACCGGAUCGCAAGAUUCCAUUCCCCCAAGAUGUGUCUUCAAUGGUCUUGAUUGACAAACUGACGGGCGAGAAUUUUCGAUUCAAAAAUCAGGAUGAAUUGCGCCACUUCAAGUAUCAGCGAUAUAUGAAGCGAUACUGUCGCACCGUUCACUCUGUUGACGAGAAUGUCGGUCGAAUCUUAGAUUACGUUGACAGUCUUGGUAAAGAAGUGGCAGAUAAUACGAUGAUUAUCUAUACAUCCGAUCAGGGUUUCUUUCUCGGAGAUCACGGAUGGUUUGAUAAGCGCUUUAUCUACGAAGAGUCGUUCCAGAUGCCACUGCUGGUCAAAUAUCCCAAGGAAAUCAAGCCUGGAUCUAUUUGCAAUGACAUCGUAUCAAAUGUCGAUUUCGCGCCUCUUUGGUUGGACUUGGCAAAUUAUCCGAUACCUUCAUAUAUGCAAGGCUUCUCGUUUAGGAAGCUCCUCCGGGGAGAAACACCAGAGAACUGGCAAAAGGUAGCAUAUCAUCGGUAUUGGAUGCACAACGACUCGCCACAUGAAUGCCGGGCUCAUUAUGGUGUCCGAAAUCAGCGCUAUAAAAUUAUAUACUGGUAUAACAAGGACUUCAAGUUGGCAGGCACAAGGCCUGGUGGAGAGCCCCCCGAGUGGGAGCUGUUUGACUGUGAGAAAGAUCCACUAGAGCUUCUCAACCAGUAUCACAAUCCUGAAUUUGCAGUCGUUGUGAAAGAGAUGACUAGGCUACUGGAAGAAAAGAUGGGGGAGAUUGGUGAUGUGUGGGAUCACUAA